AUGGACUCUGAGCAUGAUCCAUUGCUGUCUACGCACCAGCCUUUGCCGACAGAAGGAAAAAAGGAAUCGAAGACAAAGCUCACGCCAUUUGUUCUCACGAUCACUUUCGUAUCUGGCCUCAGCAGCAUGCUUUCUGGCUAUGAGACUGGCGUCACCUCCGCAGCCCUUGUGUCUAUUGGGUCUUCACUGUCUGGCCGUGAUCUCACGUCCAUAGACAAAGCGAUGAUAACCUCAGCCACAGCCUUUUGUGCUCUUUUCACGGCCCCCUUUGUAUCACUGCUCGCCGAUAAGUUAGGCCGUAAGCGACUAAUGCUUUAUGCCGAUGUGCUCUUUAUCACGGCCUCGGUAUUUCUAGCGUUCUGCAAGACCAUCACUUUUGCUAUCAUAGGGCGAUGCAUAAUCGGUAUGGCAGUGGCAUUUUCAAGCGUGGUAGUCCCUCUGUAUAUAGCAGAGAUCGCUCCAGCGUCACGCCGAGGGAUGCUGAUCACGGCAACGAUUCUCUUGACCACGCUAGGACAGAUUGUGGGAUUCAUGACCGCGAGCAUGUUUGCAGCCUGGGGCUUGAAAGCUACCGGUUGGCGGUGGACAUUCGCCCUAGGAGUAGUCCCAGCGAGCACCCAGGGUCUUCUUAUCAGCACCAUGCCCGACACUCCUCGCUGGCUAGUCAUGGUAGGCCGUAUUACUGAGGCCAGGCGUGUAUUACACAGGAUCUACGGCAACGACGCUGCUUCUGAAAGUCUUACGGAUGCAUUGAUCGACAACAUCCAGGCGGAUGUUGGAGAGUUGCGAACAGCGCGUCAAUCAAGACGACAGGCUGGACAAGGACGGUUCCAGUUUCUAGAUCCAUGGAAAGAACUUCUCAGCCAACAUCGCUAUCGUCGAGGACUGACCAUCGCAAUCUUACUCAUGGUGCUUCAACAAUUCUGUGGCUUUACUUCACUCAUGUACUUUUCAGCUACAAUCUUCGAGUUAGUGGGCUUCAAAAAUCCAACUUUGGCUUCGGUAGCUAUCGCCUCAACAAACUUCACCUUUACUGCCAUCUCCCUCGUCCUUAUUGAUAGAGUUGGUAGACGACGGAUGCUUCUUCGGUCCCUCCCGUUCAUGAUUCUCGGAUUGCUCCUGGCGGCGACUGGAUUUCAUUCUUUGUCAACCGGGGUAUCACCCAGGUUACCCCAACAGCCAGAUCACGGUGGCGGUGCAAUCAUCGUGCUGACAAGUAUUAUUCUGUUUGUGGCUUCAUUCGCCUUAGGCCUAGGGAACGUCCCGUCGAUGCAGAGUGAACUGUAUCCGCUAGCAGUUCGGUCUUUGGGCAGCGGUGUAGCUAUGGCAACUGCAUGGAGUAGCAACUUCAUCAUUGGCCUGACAUUUCUGCCGUUGACUGAUGCCUUGACCCCAACCUGGACAAUGGUGAUGUACGCAGGAUUAUGCGUCGUUGGAUACUACCUCAUUUACCUCAUGUACCCAGAAACGGCGGGUUUAAGUAUAGAAGAAGCGGCGGAGCUUCUCGAACACGGGUGGACAGUCAAGUAG